UAAAGCCCAGCCCUGCGGCCCGGAACCAACCUUCCGAGGCGCGGUUUCCUUCGAAGGUGGGACCUGUAUCGGUGACGGACCGGAAGCAGCGUGCCUGGAGGACUUGCAUUGGCCGGCUCUGUCCCGCUGGGCUCCGUUCUCCAAAGCCGGACUUUGACGGGAGAGAUUCCCUGCUCGUCUCCCCAGGAGAUCCCCUCUCUCUCUCUGUCUCCCCCCCAGGCCCACAGCCAUGCUGAGACGGGCGGUGACACAGUUGUUGGGGCAGUCCGUCAGGCACCAGUCCAACGACGUCUCCCUCAUCCUGGAGCGAUGUGAGUGCUGGAGAGGCUCCCUUUUCUCCCACCCACACACCAGAAAAAUCAACCCCUCCCCCCCACAAAAAAACAAAACAAAACAAAAAUCGGGACCCCAACUCUGGUCCGCUCUGGUCCGAGCUGUGCAGGGUUCCCCGACUCUGGUCCAAGCUGAGCAGGGGUCCACUCUGCAGGGGACCCCGACUCUGGUCGACUCUAAGCAGGGGUUCCUAACUCUGGUCCGUGCUGAGCGGGGGGGGCCCCCCACUCUGUUCCAAGCGGAGCAGGGGUCCCCAACUGUGUCCUGUGAUGGACUGGUGUCCCAUCCAGGGUAUACCCCAUCCUGCAGCUCCCGAGGCAGGGGAAGGGGUGUGUUGAAAUAUCCCGAACCUGCCGGUCCUCUGGUGACGACUGGCCCGCGUUCCCGAGUUCGCUCCUGCUUCGGGUCCGGGGGGGGGGCGGUUCUCUCCUGCGUCCCGCCCGGACGCAAGCUCGGGAGAGUAAUCCCUGCUCCGGUGUCCGUAGGUGACAUCAGCCAGAAGACCACCUGGCACCGGAUCUCGGUGUUCCGGCCCGGACUGCGGGAUGUGGCCUACCAGUACGUCAAGAAAGGCGCCCGGGUCCUCGUGGAGGGGAAGCUGGACUACGGCGAGUACGUGGACAAAAACAACGUCAGGCGCCAGGCCACCACCAUCAUAGCCGACAACAUCAUCUUUCUGAGCGACAGCGCGAAGGAACGGGUCUGAUCGGACGCCGACGCCGAUGCCUCCCCUCCCUCUCCCCUCGCUACGGCACGCCCUGAAUUCCGUUCAUAGCUUUUCCAAACGAUCGGCCCUCUCCUCGCUUCGACAUCCGGAAGACGUGGACGGACCCUGGACUGGACGUGGUUUGCCUGUGGGAACGGCCCAGUACGCUAAACCCUUCUCGACGACGAACCUCCUGAGUUCCAGUCUUUCCAGCCAGAGUAACCUGUUGUGGGGAAAAGGCCUUGGGUCUCUGAAAAGGACUCCAGACAGCGCACAAAAGCAGGAAAACAUACCGUUGCUUUCGAACGAAUAACCCCUCCACGCACCCCUCCCCUCCCUGCGAGCUGCCGAACUGGACCAGACCAAGUGUGUGCGGAUCGACCGAUCGGCACUGGAUUUUAUGUGAUGGUGGCGAUCUUGGAAGAUCUUUGAAGAUCAGAGAUCCCAACGCUUAUUCCCUAUAGGCGCUCCGCAGGGGAGGCGAAAGUGUAAAUGAAGGGGUUUUUUGGAAGUCGCUGGAGGGGGGAGUGUGUUAGAUGUUGGCCCGACUGGAAGGGUGUUGCUGUGCAGGUAUCGUGGGAUGAUGCUGACGCAAUAAAAUGGACGUAGUUGAUUUUGCUGUUCCACA